AUGGCUGAUAAUUUGCCUGAUCUUCCAUUGAACUAUACAAACAUCACUGGUGCAUCAUUGGAAUUUCCUGAAGAAAAUCAUGCUGCUAGCUUUUUGGCUUACUAUCAUCUGAAUGAAACUGAUGGUGAUAAAAAUAUGAGAGACUCACUUUCUAUUUUGAAGGAAAAAAAUUUCAAAUGUGCUCGAUGCCUGAAAUCAUUUCGAUAUCGGACCAGUUUGUUUCAGCAUGUUUGUGAAGGUGGCCUUCAAAAAGGUUUUCGGUGCAAGGAAUGCGGGAAGACAUUGGCUAGAAAAAGCAGCUUGAUUGGUCAUUUAAGAAUCCAUACUGGAGAAAAGCCAUUUAAAUGUGAGCAUUGUGGCAAAGCAUUUACACAUAAACAUCAUCUUCAUAGCCACAUGCAUCGACAUAGAGAAUAA